ACGCAGAACGGUUACGGUGUAAGGUGCGGUAGCCAUUUUUUUGGUGUAAAUUGAUAUAUUGUCUAUUGUUUAUAUAUCUACGAUUUAAGAAUGUCAUUUUUAAACCAAACACAACCGUCUGGAGACCCAGUAUCGCAAAUGGAGGCACUUGUUGGACAAACAAAGAAUAAAGCUGGAGGUUUCUCAUACCAAGUUGACGAUUUUACUCGUCUAUUGAGAUUUCUGAUAUUAGGGACAGAAGGAGGAACCUAUUACAGUUCCGAGAAAGAACUCAAACGAGAAAAUGUUCAAAGUAUAGACAGGCUGAUAAUGACUGAUCAGGGUGAAAAGGUUGUAGAGUUGAUUCGUGAUGUCAGCGUCCAUGGUAGAGCUUGCAAGCAGAAUACCACUAUCUACGCCUUAUCAGUUUGCGCAAGAUCAAACGAUUUGAAGACAAAAAAUGCUGCAUAUCGUGCACUAAGUGACAUUUGUCGCAUUCCUACACAUCUAUUUGAAUUUGUGAAAUAUUGCGAGAAUGAAAGUGCAGGGAGCGGAUGGGGUAGAGCUCAUAGAGUUGCCAUAGGGAAAUGGUACAACAGUUACAAACAGGAUCCACAGAAACUAGCAUAUCACGUGACAAAAUACCAAAGUCGACAUUCUUGGAAUCAUAAAGAUGUACUUCGAUUGGCUCACAUCAAACCUGAAACAAAGGCAAUUAAUAAAGUCAUUAAGUAUAUUGUCAAAGGUCUAAACGAGGCAAAAGCUGACCCAUUACCGAUGGACGAUGAUGCGAAAGAUCAAGAAGUUUUAGAUUUCUUGGAAGGUGUUGAACAUGCAAAGAAAUGUCCCCGUCAGGAAAUUGAAAAAAUGAGAGAGCUAAUUGCCAUCCAUCAGCUAGCAAGAGAACAUGUUCCAACUACAAUGCUGGACUCUGUUGAAAUUUGGGACAUUCUGUUCCGACAAAUGCCGAUGACGGCAAUGAUUAGAAAUCUAGGGAAAAUGUCCAGUCUUCAGAUGUUUAAAUCUGGUGAAAAAGAGGGAAAAUUUAGAGAAGAUUUGGUGAUUGAAAAAUUGGGCAGUGAAGAAUUAUUGAAGAACGCGAGAAUACAUCCGUUUACAAUAAUGACAGCUUGGUAUCAGUACCAAGCUGGGAGGGGAGAAAAAGGAAAGUUGUCAUGGCCAGUAAACGAUAAAAUUGUGAACGCUUUAGAGGGCGCUUUCUAUAAAGCCUUCCGAUUUGUUGAACCAACAAACAAAAGGUAUCUACUAGCUGUUGAUGUCAGUGGAUCUAUGACGGCACCUGUUCAUGGUUCCAGUCAAAUUACCUGUCGUGAUGCCUCUGCUGCUAUGAUGUUACUGACCGCAAAAACAGAAAAGACCUGCGAUGUCCUAGCGUUUUCUGAAAAUUUUACCAAACUAGACGUUUCAGCAACAGACAAUAUGAAGUCUGUCAUUGAUAAAUGCUCGCGUUUACCAUUCCAACGUACAGACUGUUCGCUUCCAAUGCAGUACGCCUGUAAGCAAAAACAAGAGUAUGAUGUGUUUGUCGUAUACACAGAUUCCGAAACAUUCUUUGGAAAUAUGCAUCCAUCAAAAGCUCUUGAAGAAUACAGAAAAUAUUCCGGAAUCCGAGACUCGCGUCUGAUUGUCUGUGGAAUGGCUACUAAUGGGUUUAGUAUUGCUGAUCCGAGCGACAAGUUUAUGAUGGACGUUGUUGGAUUCGACACAAAUGCACCGAAAGCCAUGGCAUCCUUUGUUAAAGGGGAAUUAUAAGAUACUUCCAUGAAAAAAACAUGUAAAAAUAUAUUCUUUCAUCAAGAAUUUUUGACGUUCGUUAAGCAAUCAUUAUCACGAAAUACUACACACAUCAUCUUAUUCUGACAUUUAAGAAAAUUUUACGCUUUAAUUUGUAGAAGAAAUUAUUUGUACAUAUAACAUCCAUAUUUUACUUUCAAAGAUACAUUUCUCGAUAGGCCAUAGAGUAAGUGUGGCAAUAUACUAUAGCAAGUCCGGUUACUUUUAUACAUACUUAUAUCUUUGUUUGUUUGUUACUUGAAUUGUUUUUGAUUUAUUUUAUUGAGAAGAGAAUGUUUUAUUAA